AUGCUCGAUGAUGAUUCAGAUGAAGAUGAAAAGGACAAUGUGCAUAAAAGUGUGAUCCCUUGCAAGAAUAGGAUUGUUCUUUAUCGAGGGUUGCUUGAAGAUCUUGAGUCUGAUGCAGAUAUUGCAGCAAUAAUCGGGCACGAGCAAAUCCUCCGUUAUGUUCGAGACACAAAGAUUAGAGUAAUUCAUGAUCUGAGGGUACCGGCAAUUUCACACAACGAUGCUUGGUUGCCCUCAAUAACUCACCAUCCAUCUCCAUCUGGUCCCCUGGAUGUUCCUGUUAGUAGAAUGCAAUGCUAUGGGAUUCUGUCAGGCAUAAACUUGCAGCAGUCUAACUUGUCUUUUCAUGAGCCUCAUUAUAGAGCUGAUUGGUCAUCUAAUGAUAAUGUAGUGUAA